AUGGCCGAUAAGACAGCUCCACGCUGCCAGCUCCGGCUCGAGUGGAUCCACGGGUAUCGUGGCCAUCAGUGCCGCAAUAACCUCUUCUACACGGCGGGCAAGGAGAUAGUGUACUUCGUGGCUGGAGUGGGCGUCGUGUACAACACCAGAGAGCACAGCCAGAAGUUUUAUUUAGGACACAACGACGAUAUCAUUAGUCUCGCUCUGCACCCUGAUAAGAUUCAAGUGGCUACUGGUCAGGUGGGGAAGGAUCCGUAUAUCUGUGUGUGGGACUCAUACACACUGACCACCGUAUCCAUCCUGAGAGAUGUCCACACACACGGCGUGGCCUGUUUGGCUUUUGACGCUGAUGGGCAGCGUCUGGUGUCUGUUGGUCUCGAUGCCAAAAACACUGUGUGUGUUUGGGACUGGAAGAAAGGGCGAGUCUUGGCUACGGCCACGGGGCAUUCUGACAGGAUCUUUGAUAUAUCCUGGGAUCCGUUCCUGCCGCACAGGCUGGUGAGCUGCGGAGUGAAGCACAUCAAAUUCUGGACGUUAUGUGGGAACGCACUGACACCUAAAAGGGGAAUCUUCGGUAAGACAGGGGACCUGCAGACCAUCCUGUGCUUGGCCACAGCAAAAGAUGAGGUGACAUACUCGGGGGCUCUGAAUGGAGACAUCUACGUGUGGAAGGGGCUGAACCUAGUACGGACCGUGCAGGCUGCUCAUGGGGCUGGGAUCUUUAGCAUGCACGCCUGUGAGGAGGGCUUCGCCACUGGGGGUCGGGACGGAUGUGUGAGACUUUGGGACGUGGACUUCAAACCCAUCACCAAGAUUGACCUCAGAGAGGCAGAACAGGGAUACAAGGGUCUCUCUAUCCGUAGCGUGUGUUGGAAGGCUGACCGUAUCCUGGCCGGGACGCAGGACAGUGAGAUUUUCGAGGUGAUGGUGCGGGACAGGGAUAAGCCUCUGCUGGUCAUGCAAGGUCACUCGGAGGGGGAGCUGUGGGCGCUCGACUUGCACCCCAAACAGCCAAUUGCAGUCACGGGUAGCGACGACCGAUCUGUCCGGCUUUGGAGCCUGGCUGAUCACACGCUAAUAGCUCGCUGUAACAUGGAGGAGGCUGUCCGCAGCGUGUCUUUCAACAAUGAUGGCUCUCAGCUUGCACUGGGCAUGAAGGAUGGCUCCUUCACGGUGCUUCGAGUCAGAGACAUGACGGAGGUAGUGCACAUUAAAGACAGGAAGGAGGUGAUUCACGAGCUGAAGUUCUCUCCUGAUGGCUCCUACCUGGCGGUGGGGUCCAAUGAUGGCCUGGUGGACAUCUACGCUGUAGCUCAGCGCUAUAAGAAGGUGGGUGAGUGUAACAAAUCCACCUGCUUCAUCACCCAUCUGGACUGGUCUGUGGACAGCCGCUUCUUGCAAACCAAUGACGGCGCCGGGGAGAGACUCUUUUACAGGAUGCCAGCUGGGAAGUUCCUUCCUAAGGAGGAGGCCAAAGGGAUUCACUGGAUGACCUGGACUAGUGUUUUUGGGCCAGAGGUCAAUGGCAUCUGGCCCAAGUACUCCAAUGUCAACGGCAUUAACUCUGUAGACGCCAACUACAGCAGCGCCGUGCUGGUGACGGGGGACGACUUCGGCCUAGUCAAGCUUUUCAGAUUCCCCUGUCUCAAAAAAGCUGCCAAAUUUAAGAAGUACAUAGGUCAUUCUGCCCAUGUGACGAAUGUGCGCUGGUCAAAUGACCUGCAGUGGGUGGUGAGCACAGGCGGAGCUGACCACUCUGUGUUCCAGUGGAGGUUUCUGCCUGAGGGGGUGAUGAAUGGUGUACUGGAACCCCUCCUGCAAGAGGGCUACGCUGACUCCAACAGCGGCGAGUCUGACUCGGACCUGUCUGAUGUUCCUGAGCUGGACUCAGACAUCGAACAGGAGGCUCAGAUGAACUACGAGCGCCAGGUGUAUAAGGAGGAUCUCCCUCAGCUGAAGAAGAAACUGGUUGGUUCUCUGAAGAGGCAGAAAGCUCCAGACGAGGGGCUGCGGCUGCAGUUUGUCCACGGGUAUAGGGGUUGUGACUGCAGGAAUAAUCUGUUCUACACGCAGACUGGUGAGGUGGUAUAUCACGUAGCCGCUGUGGGUGUGGUCUAUAACAGACAGCAGCACACUCAGCGUUUUUACCUGGGCCAUGACGAUGACAUCCUCAGCCUCACCGCCCACCCGCUGAAGGAUUAUGUAGCCACUGGUCAGGUGGGGAGAGACCCAGCAAUUCAUGUUUGGGACAUUCAGACCCUGAAGUGUUUGUCCUUGCUGAGAGGUCAGCACCAGAGAGGAGUGUGUGCACUGGAGUUCACAGCGGAUGGGAAGAGUUUGGUGUCGGUGGGCAUUGAUGAAGGCCACUCCAUAGUGAUGUGGGACUGGAAGAAGGGUGAGAAGCUGGCCAAAGCAAGAGGACACAAAGACAAGAUCUUUGUGGUGAAGGGGAACCCGUUCCGUAUGGACAAGCUGGUCACCGUGGGCUUGAAGCAUAUAAAGUUCUGGCAACACACAGGUGGAGGCUUGACAUUUAAAAGGGGAAUAUUUGGCAACCUGGGCAAGCAGGAGACCAUGAUGUCAGCAUGCUACGGUCGCUCCGAGGAUCUGGUGUUUUCUGGGGCCACAACAGGCGAUGUUUACAUCUGGAAAGACACUUCACUAAUAAAGACCAUUAAAGCUCACGAUGGCCCAGUGUUUGCCAUGUGCUCUUUGGACAAGGGGUUUGUGACGGGAGGUAAGGAUGGAAUAGUGGAGCUGUGGGAUGAUAUGUUUGAGAGGUGUUUGAAGACCUACGCCAUCAAGAGGGCUGCACUCUCCCCAUCCUCUAAAGGGCUGCUGCUGGAGGACAACCCCUCAAUCCGAGCUAUCACUCUGGGCCAUGGACACAUCCUGGUGGGCACCAAAAACGGAGAGAUCCUGGAGAUCGACAAGAGCGGCCCUAUGACUCUACUGGUUCAGGGCCAUAUGGAGGGUGAGGUUUGGGGUCUUGCUGCUCAUCCUUUGCUGCCUAUAUGUGCCACUGUGAGUGACGACAAAACACUCCGCAUCUGGGAGCUAUCCGCCAAUCAUCGGAUGGUGGCCGUCCGCAAACUUAAGAAAGGCGGUAGAUGCUGUGCCUUCUCCCCGGAUGGGAAAGCCUUAGCGGUGGGUUUGAACGACGGCAGCUUUCUGGUGGUGAAUGCUGACACUCUGGAGGACAUGGUGACCUUCCACCACAGAAAGGAGAUCAUCUCUGACCUUAAGUUCUCUCAAGAUGCUGGAAAGUACCUAGCAGUGGCCUCCCAUGAUUCAUUUGUGGACAUCUACAAUGUACUGACCAGUAAAAGAGUGGGUAUCUGUAAAGGAGCGACCAGCUACGUCACCCACAUCGACUGGGACACCCGCGGUAAACUGCUGCAAGUGAACACUGGUGCCAAAGAGCAUUUAUUCUUCGAAGCUCCCCGUGGACGGAGGCAGAACAUCUCCACCGCUGAGUUUGAGAAGGUGGAGUGGGCUACGUGGACAGCUGUCCUGGGUCCUACCUGUGAGGGAAUCUGGCCUACGCUUAGUUUCGUCAAUGCCUCUUCACUUACCAAAGACAGAAAGCUGCUGGCUACUGGAGAUGACUUUGGCUUCAUCAAACUCUUCAGCUUUCCCUCUAAGGGUCAGUUUGCCAAGUUUAAGAAGUACGUGGGCCACAGUGCCAAUGUGACCAACGUGCGAUGGUCCAAUGACGACGCCAUGCUGCUGUCUGUGGGCGGGGCAGACAUGGCGCUGAUGAUCUGGGCGAGGGAGGGGAUCGGACCACGCGAGAGUAAAGCCGUCGACAGCGAGGAGUCGGAUGAUGAUGCAGAGGAAGACGGAGGGUACGACAGCGAUGUGGCCCGAGAGAAGAACAUGGACUAUACAACUAAAAUCUACGCUGUCAGCAUCAGAGAGAUGAGUGGAGUUAAGCCACAUCAACAGCAGAAGGAAAUUCUUGUGGAUGAGAGGCCUCCGGUAAGCAGAGCAGCUCCAUUACCAGAGAAACUGUUAAAGAAUAACAUCACCAAGAAGAAGAAAGUGGUGGAGGAGCUGGCACUGGACCAUGUUUUUGGAUACAGAGGCUUCGACUGCCGUAACAAUCUGCACUACCUCAAUGACGGAGCUGACAUCAUCUUCCACACAGCAGCGGCAGCUGUGAUUCAGAACCUGUCUGCUGGCACGCAGAGCUUUUACCUUGAGCACACAGACGACAUCCUCUGCCUCACUGUCAAUCAACACCCCAAAUAUCAAAACAUCAUCGCCACGGGACAAAUAGGCCUGGCACCCUCCAUCCACGUGUGGGACGCGAUGAGUAAGCAGACGCUCUCUGUGUUACGCUGCUCCCACGCUAAAGGUGUCGGCUAUGUCAACUUCAGUGCCACCGGCAAACUGCUGCUGUCAGUGGGAGUCGAUCCAGAACACACCAUCACUGUGUGGCGCUGGCAGGAAGGAAGUAGAGUGAGCAGUAAGGCCGGUCACUCUGACCGAAUCUUCGUCGUGGAAUUCCGGCCGGACUCGGACACCCAGUUUGUGUCUGUCGGGAUCAAACACAUCAAGUUCUGGACGCUGGUGGGCGGCUCUCUGCUGUAUAAGAAAGGAGUGAUUGGAGCGGUGGAGGAGGGCAGGAUGCAGACCAUGCUCUCUGUGGCCUUUGGUGCUAACAACCUCACGUUUACGGGUGCCAUCAACGGCGAUGUGUAUGUGUGGAGGGAUCAUUUUCUGGUGCGUGUGGUGGCUAAAGCUCACACUGGACCUGUUUUCACCAUGUACACCACCCUCAGAGACGGCCUUAUAGUCACAGGAGGCAAAGAGAGACCGACCAAAGAGGGCGGAGCGGUGAAGCUGUGGGAUCAGGAGAUGAGGAGAUGUCGAGCGUUUCAGCUGGAGACUGGCCUCCCCGUAGAGAGCGUCAGAUCUGUCUGCAGGGGAAAGGGUAAGAUCUUGGUGGGGACGAAGGAUGGAGAGAUCAUAGAGGUGGGAGAAAAGAAUGCUGCCUCCAACACGAUGAUAAAUGGACACACGCAGGGCCGAAUCUGGGGUCUGGCCACACACCCCUCCAAAGACGUCUUCAUCUCAGCCAGUGACGAUGGAACCAUCCGCAUUUGGGACUUAGCAGACAAGAAACUUCUGAACAAAGUCAGCUUGGGUCAUCCAGCCAAGUGCACAGCAUUCAGCCCCAACGGGGAGAUGCUGUCCAUCGGAAUGGAGAACGGAGAGUUCAUUGUAUUGCUGGUCAGUUCUCUCACCGUGUGGGGCAAGAAAAGAGACCGCAAUGUGGCUAUUCAGGACAUAAGGUUCAGUCCUGAUAACCGGCUGCUGGCCGUGGGGUCUGUGGAGAGCGCUGUAGAUUUCUACGACCUGACGCUGGGUCCUUCCCUCAACCGCAUCGGCUACUGCAAAGACAUCCCCGGCUUCGUCAUCCAGCUGGACUUCUCCGCCGACAGCAAGUUAAUUUCGGUUUCUACUGGAAAUUAUAAGCGGCAAGUUCAUGAGGUCCCCAGUGGUAAGGUGGUGGUGGAGCAGGCCAUUACAGAGAGAAUCACCUGGGCUACCUGGACCAGUGUCCUCGGCGACGAAGUGUUGGGCGUGUGGCCACGGAAUGCAGACAAGGCCGACGUGAACUGCGCCUCCGUCUCCCACGCUGGGCUGAAUGUGGUGACUGGGGACGACUUCGGCCUGGUCAAGCUCUUUGACUUCCCCUGCCCUGAGAAAUUUGCCAAACACAAGCGCUACUUCGGGCACUCGGCUCACGUGACCAACAUUCGCUUCUCCUUCGAUGACAAAUACGUGAUAAGCGUUGGAGGCAACGACUGCAGUGUAUUUGUAUGGAGAUGCAUUUGAUGGGAGCCAGCCUAUAGUAACUGAGCAUCAAUCAAGAGGGAUUCCUCCCCAAUACCUCCAGUAUCUGAAUGCUGCACACCUUCAAUGCUGCAUAUGAUCGCAGUGUGUGUGGAUGGGUUCGAACCUCGGCUGACUGAGCUGCCGUUCUACAGCAGAAACAGUGUGUUUGUCACCAUUCCAUCAAGUGUAAUGUUUACGUUCUCAUGUACUCA